UAACUUUGUUUAACCAAUCAUGGUACCCAUAUAAAUUAGAUGUUUGGGAAGUAUUUUGAAGCUCCUUAACACAAACUUCUCUAGUCCCUUUUAUUGUUUUUUCUUUAUUUUUUUUCAAGUUUUUUUAACUCUCUAAGGCAAAGGAGGGCUUAGCAAAGAACUCAAAAGACAAGGGUAGAAAAGAGGUAUUAAGGCAAAAGAGAAGGGGCAAAGGGAAAAAAAAGCCAAGACAGAGAGAAGAGAGUCUAACCGGAACCGUUCCAUACCAGACCCCAAAGAAGAAAAAAAAAGAGAGGAAAAUAAUGGGUUUGAAUUCGAAAUCAAUGCCAGGAUUGUCUAUUAGAGCUGACGAAUCUUCACUAGAUUGCAAAAAACCCCCUGAAAAUCUCGAGCCAGCUGGUUCUUCGAUUGGUUUGGAUCCCUUUUCUGAAGGGUCUUUCUUGAAAUCUGAACCUGAUAAGCUUAGAUUUGGGUUUAACAAGUUCCUUGGGUUGUUUUUAAAAGAGAUCUGUGCCCAAGGUUGUGUUUGCUCACUCCCUCCAAUGGCUGAAGGUGGGCAGCCUGUGGACUGGCUUAAGCUUUUUUUGGUUGUAAGAGAGAAAGGUGGAUACAAUGCUGUUUCAGAAAGUGGGUUAUGGGAUUCAGUUGCCACAGAAUCUGGGUUGGGUUUAAAUGUAGCGUCAUUGGUUAAGUUGGUAUAUCUUAAGUACUUAGUUUCAUUAGAGAGAUGGUUGGAGAGAAUUGUUCAAAGUGAGGACUUGAAGAGUGAAUCACAUUAUACUGGUAAUUUGGUGGAGAUGGGAAUUGAGCUUAAAAGGUUUUUAUCGGAGUCAAAGAAAAUUGCGGAGUUUUCUCAAGUGGAAGAGAGUGUAGUGGCAGGGUCGGGUGGAGGAGAAAAAUUUGUAAAUGGCGAACAAUCUAUGGAUAUUGAUAUAACCAAGGAUUUUUUAGAUUACAACGAAGUGGAAAAAUUACGAAAUGAUGAUGACUUAAAGAGUGUGGUGGUUGAUUCAGACGGUGAAAAAAAGUUCAUUAAUGUUGAUGAAUAUGUACAUACGCCUUCAGAUUUGGUGAAAAGUGCAGGUAACUCUACCGAUGUUGAGAAAUUUUGUAAUGAGGAUGAGGUGAAAAGUGCAAUUAUGGAGGAUUCUGUUGAAUGUAAGAAAUGCACACAUAGUGAUGAUGAUGUUGUGAAGUUGGAUUCAAGUGACAUUAAGGAAAAAUUGUCUUCAAAUAAGAGGAAGAGGGAUUCAAGUGCAAUUAUGGAGGAUUCUGUUGAAUGUAAGAAAUGCACACAUAGUGAUGAUGAUGUUGUGAAGUUGGAUUCAAGUGACAUUAAGGAAAAAUUGUCUUCAAAUAAGAGGAAGAGGGAUUCAAGUGCAAUUAUGGAGGAUUCUGUUGAAUGUAAGAAAUGCACACAUAGUGAUGAUGAUGUUGUGAAGUUGGAUUCAAGUGACAUUAAGGAAAAAUUGUCUUCAAAUAAGAGGAAGAGGGAUUCAAGUGCAAUUAUGGAGGAUUCUGUUGAAUGUAAGAAAUACACACAUAGUGAUGAUGAUGUUGUGAAGUUGGAUUCAAGUGACAUUAAGGAAAAAUUUUCUUCAAAUAAGAGGAAGCUGGAUUCUAUGUGGGGAAUGCUUAAUUGGGUUAAAAAGGUUGCGAUGGAUCCAUGUGAUCUGGUGGUUGGUUCAUUACCGGAGAGCUCAGAGUGGAAGUCUUAUGGUAGUGAGGAACUUUGGAAGCAGAUUUUAUUGUUUCGAGUAGCUGCCUUUCACAGAAAGGAUGAUCAUUCAAGUUCUGACCAGUCAAAACGGCAGAAAACUCAGAAGAUGCAUCCUUGCUUGUAUGAUGAUAAAACUAAAAUUGGGUACAAUCUCAGAGAAAGGUUGAGUUGCACCAAGAAGCUCCUUUUUGGGAGAACAGAUGCAAAGGAACAGAAUUGGUCACAGUCCUCAGGGAAUCACAGUGACUUCAAUGGAACCUGUGACUCCGUGACUCCAGGUUCUGUUUUUGACUAUGAAGCUGACAUUCAAGUUCCUAUUGGGCCACAGUUUCAGUUUGAGGUACCAGUCUGGACGGGAGUAGCUUCAGGAAGUGAUGCAAAAUGGUUGGGAACUCGUUUUUGGCCAUUGGAGAAAAAGGAAAACAGAUUCUUGAUCGAAAGAGAUCGGAUUGGAAAGGGAAGACAAGAUUCAUGUGGUUGCCAAGUCCAAGGUUCUCUACAAUGUGUAAAAUUUCAUGUUGCUGAGAAAAGAUCAAAGCUUAAGCUUGAGCUGGGUCCAGCUUUCAAGAAGUUGAAAUUUGAUAAGAUGGGUGAAGACGUUGCAUCUGCUUGGAAGGAAGGGGAACAGAAGAUGUUUUCGAAUAUAGUGAAGUCAAAUCCUUCGUCACAACAGAAAUGUUUCUGGGAUGAGAUCUGCAAACAUUUUCGUAACAAAAGUAGGGAAGAACUUGUUUGCUAUUACUACAAUGUCUUUCUUUUGCAGCGUAGAGCAUACCAGAAUCGGGUCACUCCAAGCAACAUUGACAGUGAUGAUGAACCUGAAUCUGAAUUAGUUGCUAAAGGCAUUGGGCAGGAAGCAAUUAAGCCAUAUACCUCCAUCUUAAUAUCUCCAAAGAAGUCGCAGAAAAAAUCAAGAUACUCUUCCAAGUAAAUAAGGAACCCAUUGAAAAAGGAUGCAAAGUUUUGUUAGCUCUUUCGAGGUUUCAAUUAAAAUAGAGACAUUCUGCUUGGUGUACCUUUGAAAAGUGAGUUUUGGUGGCCCAAGAUUUUGUUUUGAGGGGUUGUUUGGAGCGAAGACACCUCUGGUCUCAAGCGCCUUCCUUGGUUAAUGCUUUUUUCAGUUUUUGAGGUAUAUUCAUGUUCAUUUUUCAUAACUAACAUCAAUUAAAUACAGGUAUUUUGGCAUAUCCUUUUUUUUUCUUAAUUGGGUUUUUGACAGUUAAGCAAUAGCCUGUGGGAUGGAUAAAAGGACCCCCCCAACCAAAAAUUAGAGUAAUGACAAUUUAAAGGAAGGCUGUCUCAGCUGCUAGAGCAUAUAUGGUUUUGAGUAAUACAUAAUGUUCUUUUUAUUCAUAGGCUAAAUGCAAAUCAAGGGGCUGAAUAGUUUCCAUGGUAACAAAUUUGGAUAUUAAGUGAGCAAUAAUUGAAGAAAUAA